UAGGGUGCGUCGUGUGGGGUUGCCAUUUUCAAAGAAGGACCCUUUUGACGCGCUGCAUUGUCUCCACUCCUGGAGCCGGAUCCCCCUUUGCAAUCUAGCUGAGACAAGGCUGUUCAUGCACACAUUAGUGACACCUAGUACCCUUAUUAUCGGUGUUGUUGCUUUAUGUAUUUUAUAUGGGCUUUAAAUCCGCGGUCUAUUUUCCGUGAUACCUGCCUCAUGGCAACCCGCUUUAAAGCCACAACCCCGAAGUGCGCCAGCGGAAAAGUGCCUGGCAACACUACCGCACUGUGCGCCGACCACCUCUGGAUUAAUAUCAUCACAGGGGUGUAAGGACUGCACAACUCUCAUCUCGCCGAGGAAGACAUGGGAUGGGCCACUGACAUCAAACCACACCGUUGCACGGCGAACUCAGAAGUGCAGAGCUGCUGGAUUUGAAUCAAUGUAGAGCUGGACACAUCAUCUGGCUGUAUGAUGCAUUGUACUUCCCCGUAGAUUGUACUGUAAGCAGCCAGGAGCAGAGCAGCCAUUACCCUUCAGUGCAUCAUCUGGAUGGAAACAUGGACACCUUCAAUGGAGGAAUUUUGACUCAACAUGUCCAGGAACUAUGAGCCUGGUCACUCAGUAGGGAUGUUGGCUGCCGUGGAACAUGGUCCCAUCCUCUGCAGCGACUCCAACAUCCUCUGCCUCUCGUGGAAAGGCCGGGUCCCCAAGAGCGAGAAGGACAAGCCCGUGUGCCGGAGGCGGUACUACGAGGAGGGCUGGCUCGCCACGGGCAACGGGAGAGGAGUCGUUGGGGUGACGUUCACGUCGAGCCACUGCAGGAGGGACAGGAGCACGCCUCAGAGAAUCAAUUUUAACCUGCGAGGACACAACAGCGAGGUUGUCUUGGUGCGUUGGAAUGAACCCUUUCAGAAGCUGGCCACGUGCGACAUGGAAGGGGGGAUUUUUGUGUGGAUCCAGUACGAGGGGAGAUGGUCUGUGGAGUUGGUGAAUGACAGAGGAGCACAGGUGAGCGACUUCACUUGGUCACACGAUGGAACUCAAGCCCUCAUCGCGUACAGGGAUGGCUUCGUGUUAGUCGGCUCGGUCAGCGGCCAAAGACACUGGUCCUCUGAGAUUAACCUGGAGAGUCAAAUCACGUGUGGCAUCUGGACACCUGAUGAUCAGCAGGUCUUGUUUGGCACAGCGGACGGUCAGGUGAUAGUGAUGGACUGUCACGGGCGGAUGCUCGCCCACGUUCUGCUGCACGAAUCCGACGGGAUUGUGAGCAUGUCCUGGAACUGCCCCGACUUCCUGGUCGAGGACAGCACGGAGAGCGACACGGACUCCGACGACAAUAUUCUGCCGUUAGUGCGGAGAGUCAAGCCGCUGUUGACGGUCACCUUCUUAUCCGGAGAUAUCAGUCUGAUGAACAACUACGAUGACCUCUCUCCUGGUAUUAUCCGCUCAGGGCUGAAAGACGUUGAGGCCCAGUGGUGCUCCCAGGGAGACCUCCUGGCUGUGGCCGGCAUGGAGAGACACGGGCUGUCCGCUGACUCCGCCUGCGCGUCCAUCAUGAGGAACGCCCUUGUCAAGUUCUACAACGUUCAGGGCGAACAUAUCUACACUUUGGAGACACCGGCACAGAGGCCGAUCACCACCAUCUGCUGGGGUCACAGAGACUCUCGGCUGUUCCUUGCAUGCGGGCCGGCGCUCUACGUGGUGCGCGUAGAGCACCGAGUGGCCAGCCUCCAGCUUCUGUGCAAGCAAGGCAUCGCCAGCGCCCUGCGAGAGGAGAAAGACGUGGGGAAGCUGAACAUGCCCUCCCUGCUCUGCUCUUAUGUCACCACUGCUUUCAUACCCACCAUCAAGCCCCCGAUUCCUGACCCCAACAACAUCCGUGAUUUCGUGAGCUAUCCCACAGCUGGGAAUGAGAGGCUGCACUGCACCAUGAAGCGAGCGGAGGACAGUCCAGAGGCGGGCGGACCCUGCUACACUCUCUACCUAGAAUAUUUAGGAGGACUGGUGCCCAUUCUCAAGGGAAGGCGCAUUAGUAAGCUUCGGCCUGAGUUUGUCAUCAUGGAUCCAAAAACCGACGGAAAGGCAGAGGAGGUGUGCGUGAAUCCCAUGAUUUCAUACACGGACAGCUGCAACUGCUCCGACUCCAGUGACAUUGAGCUGAGCGAUGAGUGGGUCGGGAAGAAGUCGCCAAAGUUAUCCCGGGGAAACAGGCUGAACACGGAGUCGAGAAAAUCUCCCAAGCUUUCUCGCGCCAAUCAGGAAGGCCAGCGGUCGCCACGGCUACCGACGAAGAAGCCUCCGGUUCGGUCGCCAAGUUUGACGCGCAGGGAGUUUUCUAUGGAUGGAAUAACAGAGCACAAUUACCUUGCACAAGUCACGUCUAACAUUUGGGGGACAAAGUUCAAAAUUGUUGGACUUGCGACGUUCCUCCCUGCCAAUCUCGGUGCAGUCAUCUAUAAAACCAGUUUGCUUCACUUGCAACCGAGACAGAUGACCAUCUACCUUCCGGAGGUACGAAAGAUUACACACGACUUCAUGAGCCUGCCCGUGUUCAACCCUAACGUGUUCAGCGAGGAUGAAGAUGACCUACCAGGUGUGAAGGAAAGAAAAAUGUUUUCAACCCUGAAAAUGAUGGGGCCUUCUGGAGUGGCAGGAGACAAUCCUCCCUGCACGGUUAACAUUCCCAUCGCGCCCAUCCACAGUCCGGCUCAAGCCAUGUCCCCAACUCAGAGUAUUGGCCUGGUUCAGUCUCUCCUGGCCAAUCAGAAUAUUCAGCUUGAUGUCCUGACCAACCCGACAGCCACUGCCGCUGCAGCAGCUGCAGCAGCAGCAGCUUCUGUCCCCGUCACUGAUCACAGCCAGGAUGCUGUUGCAACCCCAUACCCAGUGCCGACUAGAUACUCAAACCCCGGCCAAGUGAUCUUCAGUGGGUUAGAGAUGGGUCCUCUUCUCCCUGGUACUUUGCCUCCCCCACCUCCACCUCACCACCUUCCCCCGCAGCCUCACCCGCAGCGGUCUCACUCGCAGCAAAGUCGGCAGCCGCCGCCUAAACAGUCGCAACAAAUGCAGGCGCAGCAGCAGCAGCAGCAGAAGAUGCACCACCAUCAGCAGCAGCAGCAGCAGCACCAUCAUCAGUCCCAGUCACAGCAGCAGCAACAGUUGCAGCAGCAGCAGCAACAGCUGCAGCAGCAACACCAACAGUUGCAGCAGCAACAUCAACAACUGCAGCAGCAGCAACAGCUGCAGCAGCAGCAGCAUCAACAGCUUCAGCAGCAGCAACAUCAACAGCUCACGCAGCAGCAACAUCAGCAGCUACAGCAGCUGCACCACCAGCAGACGCUACACCAACAGCAGCAGCAGCAGCAGCAGCAGCAGCAACAUCAACAGCAGCAGCAACACCAGGUCCAGCAACACCAACAAAUGCAACAACCGCAGCAGCCAGUGACGAGCCAACAGUUCCAGCACCAACAGCAAAUCCAACAGCAGCAGCAGCAGAUGCAGCUGCAGCACGAGCAGAUGCAGCAGCAGCAGCAGCAGAUGCAGCAGCAGCAGCAGCAGAUCCGGCAACAGAUCCAGGAGAUGAGGCAGCAGCAGCAGCAGCUCCAGCAGCAGCAUCAGCAGAUCCAGCAGCAGCAUCAACAGAUGCAGAGGCAGCACCAACAAAUGCAGCAGCAGCUGAAGAUGCAGAUGCUGCCUCCACCUCCGUCAGGAUAUCCGACCAUUUCGUUGCAACAGAUUCAUCUUCUCCCUCAGAUCGCGCCCCCUCCCACUGAGCCCGACAGGGGGGACCAUGGGCACACCCUGAAGCCAAGCCUGCCACGGACUUUACCGCCGUCCUUCAAUGACACAGAUGUGUCUGUGGAGAUUCAGAUGAGGAAGGUGAACCCUCCUCCUCCAUACCCGGGGACUGUUGUAUCUGCUGCGGCAGCUACGGCCGCCGCUCCUCCUCAAACCCUUGUCACAAACUGUGACAGCCCAAGUGUCCUGGCACCAGACGCCUGUCUGAAGAAGGACGAAUUUCUGCUUCAUCCCGUCACCUUACAGUACCCAACACCUCUGGGGUAUGAAAGGAUCACGACCUUCGACAGCAGUGGCAACGUGGAGGAGGUUUGCCGGCCACGCAGGCGCCUCAUUCGCAACCAAAACGCAUACGCUGUCCAUGGCAUCGGGGGCUCUGCCACGCUCAAAGUCACGUCGUCGGAAAAUAAAAAGAUUCAGCUCCCAUACAGCUCGGCAACAUUAAGUCGUCUGUCUGUUCCUCGAUAUUCUAUACCAAGUGGAGACCCUCCACCUUACCCUGAUCCGGCCAAUCAAGUAACUGCUACGCUUCCUCCUCCCCAGAGAAUUGACAGCAGUCUGAUUCACGCCACUCUGCGUCGUGACCGCAGGGAUGUGGGACUCAAAGUGCCACAGAUGAUGGAGAGCUCAAGGACCCUUCCCACCAAGGCGAAAAUGAACAGCGCGAUGGCGCUUUCCUACCAGCAGAGGGUGCCCACCGCAUUGUACACAUGCACACAGUGCAGCAGCAAUAGCAGCAGCACCAGCGUCAGUGUGAGCGGAGGUGGGACGACGAGCAGCGGUAUUGCAGGUGGGACGGUGGUGAGGCAGGACUUCCCACCAGGGAAGGGUGCACACCACAGCACCAUUAUAGUGCACUCUAAAAGUGCCUCCCCCCUGGCCUCCCAGUCGUCUUACAGUCUGCUGGGAGGUGUUGAUAACAGUCGGGACAGGACGGUGUACGUUAACUCUGCCUUUACUGAAGACGAGACUUUAAACCAGCAGUGUCACCUUGAAAAAUCUGUACGUCAGCUGACUCUCGGCGACGUCAGUUUGACGGUUAAACGCCCUCCGCCUUACCAGUGGGACGCCUCCACCACGGAGGAGUUCUGGCUCACCCCGGAACAAACAAUGCUGGCUCCGCCUCCAGGACCUCAUAAACCGCCGCCGCUCCUCAUCAGUCAAGCCCAGCACUUGGACGUGACCCGGCUUCCUUUCGUCCUCACGACUAAACCUCCAACCAGUCCGAGUACGAGCACUCUCACUUUCCCAUCAGGUUACCAGAUAUCCCUCUCGCCUUUUCCUCCUGGUGUGGGUCACAGCGGACCCCCACUUCAGACCUUACAGAACCCCCCACCUCAGUGUUCUCCAAACGAAGUGGUCGGCUCAGUCCCUUUUGCUCAGCAGGACCCUAGCUUGGUCUUACCACCAGGCUACCCUCCAAAUUUGGCAAACCUGGCCUGCUGCCCUCUCCCUCCGCUGUAUCCAGGAGCUAGCUCGUGCGCUGGACUCCAGCUACACCCCGUCAGCUUACACCCCUGGAACCCUUACCCCUGUCCACCACCCAUGCAAGACCCUCCAGCGCCUCCCCUCCCUACGAAAACUCAUCAGAUUUUAGAGAAGCCAAUACUCUCCCCACCUCCCCCAACUGCGCCGCCUCCGCCGCCUCCUCUCCCCCCUCCUCCGCCGCCUACCGAGCUGCCGCCAUCCAAAAGUGCCACAGAAGAUCUGGCGGAGUCUGCCAACAACUUUCCUGAGCCGUCGUCCCUGAACGAAAGCCCCGUUCCACAGGAGUCGGAGCGCUUCAACAAGAAGAGCCGCAAAAGGCUGGACAGCCGAGCCGAGGAGGCCAACAUGACCACUGUCUCUGAGGGCAAGUCCAGAAAGGAAGGACGCGCCCUCUCUGAUUUCAACACUCUCAUUUCCAGCCCGAGGCUCGGUAGCAGAGAGAAGAAGAAGCCCAAAGGCCAGAGGGAGCAGCUCAAUAAAACAAAGAAGAUGAGCAGGACCACAAAUGAGUUCCAGGAUAGCUCGGAGAGUGAGCCGGAGCUGUUUAUUAGCGGCGACGAGCUCAUGAACCAGAACCAGAGUAGUAAGAAGAGCUGGAAGAACAAGCGAAGCCUGCGGAUGGCGAGCGAGCUGGAGGAGAUAAAGUGUCGCAAGGCAAACGAAAGAGAGGACCGCAGUUUAGGCAGCCAAGGAUUCGUGUACGUCAUGGCCAACAAGCAGCCGCUGUGGAACGAAGCCACCCAGGUCUACCAGCUGGACUUUGGAGGUCGGGUCACCCAGGAGUCGGCAAAGAAUUUUCAGAUAGAGCUGGAUGGUAGACAGGUAAUGCAGUUUGGGCGGAUAGAUGGGAACGCGUACAUCUUGGAUUUCCAGUAUCCUUUCUCAGCAGUGCAGGCAUUUGCUGUUGCCUUGGCCAACGUGACUCAGCGGCUGAAGUGAAAAAGUUAUCAGGUGUUGCUGUGUUGCUAGUUCAGAAGAAGCCACAGUUGUCUUUCACUCAAGUCCGUGGGGCUACAAGGUUUUCUGGCACAUGCGGAUGAUUUACAGUUUCUAUUUUGAGGGUAAAGUAAGUUUAGGUCAGCGUUAAUGGAAGCUAUAGCAGUUAGUCCAUGAUUUCUCCUUCAUAUAUUGAAUGUAGUCAAGCUAAUUUUAUUAUUAUUAUUAUUAUGAUUAUUAUUAUUAAAAUAUUAUGUAUUUGAGUAGAGAAAAGAAAAUGUUAUUGGAUAAGUGAAGUUCAGGUUGCCAUAAAUUUAAAAUUAAAAUCAGCGUGGAGGUUUAGUGCCAUCUGUAGUGCCAAAGACAUCUUGUAUUGCAAAUCGACUUAAUUUAAAAUUUGUGCUGUUUAAAAAAAAAAACAAAAUGUAACUAUAUUAAGAUACAGAGGCAUUCAAAUUAGAAAAUAUAUUUUCACUAAGCCAUAUUUUGUCUGAUAAAAAAAAACACAUUGCACUAUUUUAAUUGAGUUUUAUUAUAAAUUAUACAUUUAUAUGAGAAACAAAUUUGCUGUUUUAUUUCCUGUUUUGUUUUGUUUUUUUUCCCAUUCAAAUCAGAUAGAUUUUUAGUUUUGUCCUUCUUCUACAUUAUGUUUAAAUUGCUGAACAUGCAAUAGAGGAAUAUAUCAAUUCUGUAUCUGCAACGCGAAGAGUUGAGUACAGUUUACCGUAUUUUCUAUCCAUGUUACUUCUAUGAAGUGGUGCAAUGAACAUAGGAAAUCACAUUCACUCAGUCACAACACUGCAAAUCAUUAUAUGAGCCAUUAAAACAUGUUUUCCGUUUGUAUAUUGUCAUAUUACAAUUGUUUGUGGUCCAUGUAUACAUAGUCGGUUUAUCCUCCAUCCCAUUGUUAUUUUCAAACUCCCCUCUUUUUGGUUGUAAAUUUUCAAUAGUGGUCAACAGUAGGUCUACGAGUGCCCAAUACAGAAAGAAAGUCAGUGAGGGAAAUAGCAGAAAAAAAUAAAUAGUAUAUAUAUAUAUGCUGAUCUCAUCCCUGAACUGAAUAAUUUUUUACAAGUAAAGAUUAAGAUCUUUACAUCAAUUUCACUCGGUAGGUUUUGUUUUCAUUGGGUGUUUAUGAUGCUACUUGAAAUCUGCAUUUGAAUGUGAUGUACAGUAGUUUGCCUAUUUGGAUCAGUGCCGCUUUAGAUAGAUAGAGCUUGUGUGCAAUAAUGCUACCUACAGAACAGUACAUAGAGCCGAUGUUGUACUUGCAAAAGAAAAUAUAAUGCUGCUUGCACUGUGUAUUUAGUAAGUGACCUAACAUCCUAUUAUACGCUUUGAAAAAAUGUGCUAAUACGUUGCUACUUUCAGUCAAAUUUGUACCUCACCUUUGCUUUAACACGAUGAGUUUUUUGAUGUUGUAGAAAAAAACAAAACACAUACAAGUUGUUAAGAUUAACUGUUAGUAAAUCUGGUGCUAAUGUAUAAAGACUGAAAUGUGAUCAUGUCUGGACAUUUGUCAUUUGUUAUUAGGAGAUUAUUUUAAUGAGAAGGUAUUUUGAGAGGAGGAAUUUAGUGAAGAGAUUUUAUUGAAGAGUUUUUUUUUGUUCUUUUUUCCAUUCAACACAGCUUCAGAGAUUUCAGCGAUGGUGUGUGUCAGUUAUCAGCAACACUGUCUCAUGAAUAGUUUGCUGCCUGAUUUGUUUUUCCUCUUUAUUUUGUGAAAGAAACAAAAUGAUGUGACCGUAGGUUUACAGGGACCUAUAGGCUGGCCAAAAUGUAAUAAAAUGUAUGGUUCCAAAA